UGGGGUGGAGGUGGGCACUGGCACCAAGCCCUGUGGCUGCUGGGGGGAGGUUGGGUCAUGGCCAGGGCUGUGUGGGUUGUGGCUCUCAGGCUCUCAGUGCAGAGCACAAGGGAGGGAUCUGGACAGGACCUUGCAGGAAGGUGUCUCAUGGCUUUGAUGGUUUCACCUUUGAUGGCUGCUGGUGAUGCAGCAGGGCCAGUGCCACUGCCUGUUUGCCAGGGUGCUGGCUGGGCUCUGGUGCCCCUGCUCCCCUCCUCACAGCCCUGUCUGUGCUAGGCUGUAACUCAGGAUCAGUGAGCACCUUUGCAAGGUGACAAAGCUGUCCCCUCCUUCCUGGCUGCAGGACCAUGGGGAUGAUGGCAGGGCUGUGUCAGGAUGGGGCAGGGUGCUGUGUUUAGCACUGCUCUGCACAGGGAAUGUUUAUCUCUACAGCCUGCCCAGCAUCUGUGGGGUUAAGAGAAAGGGGAGAAGUGAGAAUGUGCUUAUUUCCCCUAAAGGACUGCAUCCAUCCUCUCCAAGCUCUGCAGUGUAGGAUCUGGGACCAGAGGGGAAGGACAGAUGUACAAACAUUGAGUUUACUUAAAAUUAUGGCCCUCUAGGGAAGCAGAGCAUAGUUGCCUUUUAUGGUUCUCAGCAAAUCCUGGCAAUGUGUGAGGACGUCCCCUUGCACCCUCCCUGCGAGUUCCAGGGGCUGUUCCCUGCUGAGGAAACAGAGGAGGAAAAUAAACCCGAGCCAACCCAGCCCCUUGUUCUAGUGAGUGGCUGGGAGGAUUCCACAGCUGGAAACGUGUCCUGCCAGACUGUGAGAGCACUCAGUGCCUCAGCAGGCAUGAGCCUGAAAACCGUGCUCAUCCUCCUUGGUCUGGCCUUAGCCACGAUCUUCGCUUUGGUCUGCGUGCUGCUGACCAGAGAAAGGAGCCCCAGAACCUGCCAGCACGUGCCCCUGGAGCAGGAGGAGACGGAGGAUGGCCAGAGCCUGGUGUUUGCUGACCUGACAGCCGAGGAGAUGUCCCAGGUGGUGCGGUACUUGCAGGGCCACCUCGGGGUGCCGCUGGUGGAGGCGUCCCGUGCCAAGCCCUCGGAGAACUGCAUCGCCUGGGUGGAUGUGCAGGUGCCCGCCAAGGCAGAGGUGCUGCGGUUCCUGGACUCGGGGGCUCGUCCCCCCCGGGAGGCUCUGGCCGUGCUGUACUUUGGGAAGCAGCCAGAGCCCAACAUCACUGAGCUGGUGGUGGGGCCGCUGCCGAGGCCGGCGUACCACCGGGACGUGACGGUGCAGAAGUACGGGGGGAAGGUGCCCUACCACCGCAGAGCCGCCAUGGGCAGGGAGUACGCGGAGAUCAACGCCCUCGUUCACCGGGAGCUGAAGAAGGCGCCGCGCUUCCUCGCUGCCUGCUGCGAGUCCGACGGGACCGACCUGGUCACCCUCACCACAGCCCCACGGGGCUUCAAGUCUGGUGACCGUGUGACCUGGUUUGUCCUUUUCCACAAUGUGCCUGGCACCGGUUACUACCUGUCCCCCGUGGGGCUGGAGGUGCUGGUGGACCACAGGGACCUCCACGUGUCCCAGUGGCAGCUGCGCAAAGUCUUCUACAACGGCCGGUACUUUGCCAGCAUGGGGGAUCUGGAGCAGGAGUUUGUGGCUGGUGCACUGGAGGUGGUGAGACUGAAGCAGCCCCAGGCUGAUGCAGUGCUGGGCUCAAUGAAGCCCCGGCGCCCUCCUGGACCCCCGGGCCCGCUGCAAUUUGAGCCUCAGGGUCCCCGCUACAGCGUCAGGAACAACCACGUCACCUUCCAGGGCUGGAGCUUUGCCUUUGGGAUGAACCCCAACACUGGCCCUCGCCUCUUCGACAUCAGGUACCGUGGGGAGAGGAUUGUCUAUGAGCUGAGCCUGCAGGAAGCCUUAGCCCUGUACGGCUCCAACUGCCCCGGGGGAAUGUCCACCCGCUACCUGGACGGCAGCUUUGGCAUCGGCAGGUUUGCCUACGAGCUGGUGCGGGGCCUGGACUGCCCCUACACGGCCACCUACGUGGACCGGCACUACCUGGCAGAGACAGACACUCCCAAAACCAACCAAAACUCCCUCUGCAUUUUUGAGCACGACUCUGCCCUCCCUCUGAGGCGCCACUUCUCUGACUCCCAGUCCUUCUACUAUGGCGGGCUGCGGAGGAACACGCUGGUGGUGCGCACCAUCUCCACUCUCAUCAACUACGACUACAUCUGGGACUUCCUCUUCCACGCCAACGGGGCCCUGGAGGUCCGGGUGCACGCCACAGGCUACAUCAGCUCCUCCUUCCUCCAUGGCCGUGGCACUGACUAUGGCAACAGGGUUGGGCCCCACACGCUGGGCACGAUGCACAUCCACCACAUCCACUACAAGGUGGACCUGGAUGUUGAUGGGCAGCUGAACUCCCUGGAGAGCCAGGAUAUGGAGUAUGAGUUUGUCAAAGAUCCCUGGAGCGCACAGAACACCAUUGAGCGGCCAUACCUCCGCAGGAAGAGGCUGGAGAGGGAAGAUGAGGCAGCAUUCCCACUCAAUGUCCCCCUGCCCCGCUACCUCUCCUUUGUCAGCCCCAAUCCCAACAAGUGGGGGCACCCACGCAGCUACAGGGUCCAGGUCAUCAGCUUUGCUGGGAAGCACCUUCCCACCAACAGCUCCAUGGAACGCUCUGUCAGCUGGGGCAGGUACCAGCUGGCUGUCACCCAGAGGAAGGAGGAGGAGCCCACCAGCACCAGCAUCUACAACCAGAACGACCCCUGGACACCCACUGUGGCCUUUGCUGACUUCAUCAACAACGAGACCAUCACCAACCAGGACUUGGUUGCCUGGAUCACUGUGGGGUUUCUGCACAUCCCUCAUGCUGAAGACAUCCCCAACACAGUGACAGUGGGGAACAGUGUUGGCUUUUUCCUGAGGCCCUACAACUACUUCAACGAGGACCCCUCAGUGGAUUCUCCUGACAGUGUGUACUUCAGCAGUGAGCAGGAUGCUGGGGCGUGUGGGGACAAUCCCCUUGCCUGCCUGUCCUCUGCUGCCACCUGUGCCCCCCACCUGCCCCCCUUCCACUUUGGGGGCUUCCUCAACCUCAGCCUGGCACCGCCUCUGGGGGGGCUCUGAUGGGCCAGGGGCUCCUGGGUGGGCACUCAGAGGGUCUCUGUCCCACACCAGGACCUGCCCUCCCCCUGCCCAGGCUGUCCUGUGCUCAGGGUCAGCUGCUGGGAGAAGCUCAGUUCUUGUUGCAGCAAAGGAGGACCCAAAGCCUCUGAAAAGCAGCCCCUAGGAGUGAUUUUUUUUAUUUCACCCUGGAUGGCACCCUGUGUACUCUGGGGUGCCCACAGCCACUCCCCUCCUCUGGGAUGGGGUUUUCAUCUUCCUCCCAUCACUGGUGCACCCAGGGGACACUGCUGGCCACAGCACAAAGCUGCAGCUGCCCUUGGAGCUGUGCUCCAGCUGAGGUUUUGCCCACAGUGGCAGGAGUGAGUGUGGUGUGGCUGUGGAACUGACACAGGAUGCCCCAAACCUCCUCCCCAGCCAUUGCAGCAUCGGGGCCAGCUCUGCAGAGGGAGGGGCUGCCCUGGGCUCGCUGGGAGGCUGCUGGAGGAGCCCAGGCUGAGCCUCUGGAUGGGCACAGCCCAGGCUGGGCACUGCCCCGUGUCUGCCCUUCCCAAUAAACGGGCACUCUGUGCUUUUUCUGAACAAACUCCUGGCUGCUGCUCUGUCUCCUGCUGAAGUCCUGUUAGGGAUGGCCCUGGCUCAGCUCUGCAGGGCUCCCAGGGCUGUGGGGCUGCCCCAGAGCCUGGCACAGUGCCUGGCAUGGCUGUGUGGGUUGUCCUGGCGAUGCUCCUGGACCCCGGUGCUGGCAGGAGGCUCUGCCAGGGAAUAUGGAGCAAACAAGGGAGUUAAUG